AUGCCCGAGGCUUUCCGGGAAUUGGGAAGGGCGACGUGCAAGUGGGAGGCUAGUUUUGCCUUUGGCAUACUGAGCAUCACGGGUGCCUCAGUGCAAUUUGCUGCUGCUGUUGCCUCUCUUCUCCUUGGCCCAUACUGCUAUCACUCGCUUGCUGGGAUUGCUGGGAUGGGUUACGCAGUCCUGCUCCCCUGUCCCUGCACCGACUUCCCAAACCUCUCCAGAGAUCCACUGCAUUACAAGUGGUACCACUUGCCCCUGCAAAUACUGGACCUGUGCUCGAGUUUGGCCAUGUUCUGUGCAUCUUUGGUUUUUGUGAUGACUUUUGUGAGGCUGCUCCAGUUUGGACAUUCAAACAUAAGCAUUGGGCAGGGCAGGUGGAUUGCCACCUGUAAUGCCAUUAACAGCAGCCAGGAGGGUGGCACAGCUGUGCAAGGACAGACAGACCCUGAAUGCACUCACAUCACCAUCAAUAGUGCCCCUGCAGCCAUGUGCAUCAUUCCCUUAAAUCACUUUAUGAACCAGUAA